CGAUUAUUCUCACUGAAAAAACUGCUCGUGACUUUUGUCUUUGAUCGUAUACAUCUAAUCCUCUUCAAAUUCCAUAACCCCUGCAUUUUUUGCUCCUUCGCCGUUUCGCUCUCUUUCUAACCACCUCGACUUUACAACAAAACAGUCAUACACACACAGAGCACAUGUUGUCUCUGAAUCCGAACCCACCCGAAGGCUUCUACUUAGACCCCAUUAGCAUGGCCUUGCCGAACCUCGGCUCUUUCUCUACGCCAACGUCCACCGCCGGUAAUGUUUCGUCGUCGGACGACCCCAUGAAGAAGGUUAGGAAACCGUACACCAUUACCAAGUCCAGAGAGAGCUGGACCGAUCCCGAGCACGACAAGUUCCUUGAAGCCCUACAACUCUUUGACCGUGAUUGGAAAAAGAUCGAAGCAUUUGUUGGGUCAAAGACCGUCAUCCAGAUACGUAGCCAUGCACAGAAGUACUUCUUGAAGGUGCAAAAGAGUGGAGCCAAUGAACAUCUUCCUCCUCCACGGCCAAAAAGGAAAGCUGCUCAUCCCUAUCCACAUAAAGCUUCAAAAAAUGCUCCAGUGCUCUCACAAGUGACAGCACCCUUUCAAACUUUGCCCAUUCUAACUGAACCUGGAUUUGUUCAAAGACUUGAUUCUUCUUCAUUACUUCGGGAUCCAGUUUCUAAUGCAGCCGUCUCUUCUUGGACUGAUAACUCUGUACAAACAGUCGGUUUAUCACCUGUGACAGAAGGUGAUAUGAGACCUGCAGGGCAACCACUGGCAAAAAACUAUUGUUGCAGCAGCUCUGAGAGCACUCCAAGGACACGGCCGACAGGUGAAAUGUCUGAUCAAGGGAAUAAUGGACCUUCCUUGAGAGUCUUGCCUGACUUUGCUCAAGUAUACCGCUUCAUUGGCUGUGUCUUUGACCCAAAUGUUUCUGGUCACUUGCAAAAGCUAAAGAAAUUGGAUCCAAUAGAUGUUGAAACAGUGUUAUUGUUAAUAAGAAACCUCUCCAUCAAUUUGACCAGCCCAGAUUUUGAGGAUCAUAGGAGGUUGCUUUCAUCCUUUGACAUCGACUUGGAGAAGGAAGCUUGCGAUGGUGAAAAUAAAGCCAUCCAGGACAAUCAAUCUGAGAAUGCUGCUCAAUUGGGGACAUAGAAAAAUAGUCUCUGAGCUUCAUUGGCUACCAAAUGGUAACAGAAUCCUUCGGUUUGCUGGUUUGUAAGUACUAUUUUCUUUUUUUGUGAGAUCUUUGAUUGUGCAGUUCGUCCAUCAUGUAGAUAUUGGCUCUAGAAAACAGUGUAUGUCGGAGAAAUUGUAGUGCGGGAAUGUAAAAUGUAAAGCUUGGUUUCUGUAUAUUCAAGUUUUGACUCUGUUCUUUUGGUCCAGCUUAUCUGAUUCAGGUUGUAAUUAUAUGUAUGCGAGUGUUCUUCUUCAUAUAAGGAGAGG